AUGUCCGAAUCAAGAACUGUUGUAAAGCUAUUAAACCAUAAUGGAAGUCACCAAGCAAGGGAUAAUGAACAUGCAAGACAGGAACCUAGCAGCAGCAACAGGAGAGCUGGGGCUAGGAAUUUUGGUCGCCAUGGAGGUAGAAUUCAGCAGACGUAUCAGAGAAAUGGUCCGAACCACCGCGAUUUUCAUAACACAAAGAAUGGAAGGGAUGGGCAUGAUCCGAUACCCAAAAAGCAUAUAAUUCGCAGUCCAAAAUAUUAUGAAAAUCGGUUGGAUCAUGGUGGUAUCAAAUUCAGAGGCGAAGUUUCAGAAUGUGAUAUAUGUUGCCGUGAAUCCGAUGUGUUUGCCGUUGGGCCAUGUUUGCAUCCUAUAUGCAUAGAAUGCGGAAUUCGAUUGCGAAUUUUGUGUAAAAAUGAGACAUGUCCAAAAUGUAGAACUAUUAUUGAUGUGUUAUAUUUUGUGCCGUUUCCGGGUGACUGGAAUGAUUACCAAAUACCCCUUCAAUGCGUAGAACAUAGGGAUGCUGCAAACCAAAAAGUUAAAUUGGCGAAUGAUUAUGUUGCAAGAUGUUACGACAGUUAUUUAUCCCAUCAGUGUUUAAUAUGUGAAAAAAAGGGUGAAAAACGGGUAUUUGAAACGUUUGCUCAGUUGAAUCAACAUGUUUAUAUGGUCCAUCGUUUUGAAUUUUGUGAUAUUUGUGUGGAAAACUUGAACUUAUUUACUCAUGAGCGGAAAUUUUAUUCACAGUCUAAUCUGAAACGACAUCUCGAGCAAGGUGAUUCUGAUGAUAAGAGCUUUAAAGGACACCCAAAAUGUUUAUUCUGUGAAAAGCGUUUCUUGGAUGAAGAGUUUCGUUACAAACAUCUCCGCAAAGAUCAUUUUUUCUGCCAAAUUUGUGAUACUGAAGGGCGAAGCAAUUACUUUUUUCCGGAACAUAAGGAUUUGUUGAGCCAUUACAGAGCAAAACAUAUUAUAUGUGAAGAGGGUGAAUGUUUGCAUUUGGGAAUAGCAUUUCGAACAGACACUGAACUGAAGUUACAUAAGAGUCGAGAUCAUGCAGCAGGCCCACAGACACUAACGUUAGAUUUUCAUUUUUCGGACCGGAACCCAGCUGGAUCAAAUCGAGGUGGCAGAACAGCUCAGUUAACACAUUCUGCAUUUGCUCCAACGCCGAACACUUCAAAAAUUAGUCUUACGCCACAUGAACAACCUCUGCGACAAAAUAAAUCAGUUCUCAACAACAUAUCGAUUAUAUCUCCAGCAGAAAAUGAACCAACCGGGUCAUCUCCAAACUGCCUUCCACAAUUCACAUUACAAGGUAGUGAUUUCCCCCGUUUAGGGAAAUCUACGCGAAUUUUCGAAGAUUCAGAUUCAUUGUCUUCAUCACAACAUAGCAAAAAUAUGGCAAAACCUGGGAAAGCAUCCACUGCAAACAGUGCCAAAGCUGCAUCAAAUCUUAACAAACCAAAUGCUAUUUCGUCGACGUCAUGGUUUAUUGAUGACGACGAACAGUUUCCUCCUCAUCAGCCACAUCCAAGUUCUUUGAAUAAACAGCAAGCUGAAAACGAAAAAACAGAAAAUUCCACAACAAACAGAACUGAGAUUGAAGCUAGUUCAGGGACAUCAGUGAUCGAAUCAUCGUGGUCCAAAGCAAUGAAAAAACCAAUGUCCUUAAGCAAUGUAGCAUCUGCAUUAACAUUAAGCGAUUUCCCAAGUUUACCUGCACAUGGAGUAUCCAAACCUGCGAGCAAUUUAUUACCUGGAUCAGCAUGGGCUAAAAAAAGUCGCUCUAUCACGCAGACAUGUUCAAGACAGUUGAACUUUCCCUCAUCAGCUUCUUUCACUAGUAACAUCUCACGAAAAAAUAAGCAAUUACCUGUGCCAGAUCUUUGGCCUCAAGAAUCAAUACCCGAAAAAUGGGAGGAUCGGGAAGAUUCACCUACACUGAGAUCGCUAUCAAAAAUAACUUUGGAAGACAUGGUUAUUAUCAAGGAUGCUUCGAACAAGAAAAAAGAGAGUGAAAAAACCAAGGACAAACAGCGGCAUAAUUUUGCUAAAAAACUGGAUAACGAAUUAUCGGAAGGUAAAAAAAGGAAAAUGGAAAACAAAACAGUUGAUGAGUUCAUUGAUCCUUUCCCAUCUCUGUCUUCUCACAUUCAUCACGAGCCUGAAGCUAAAGAGACUUGUGCAACAAAAUCAUCAUUGAAUUUAUCAGAGUUACUGUCAUCAACCUUCUCAGUUCUUAACAACGUGACAAUAAAAGAUAAAAAUGAUUCUGCGGAAACGGUUGCUAUAGGUUCUACAAAUCAAACGACGAUUGAUGCGUCAUCGUUCAGGACUUUACCGGAGCUUGGUGAAGGGUCAAAUGAAAAAGUCUUUAGGAAACAAUCAGAAAUUCUUCCACUUGAUAUUGGCUCGCCUCCUGGAUUAUGCACAAUAAAUUUGGCACCUCCUUCUGUUUUUGGUCCACCACCAGGUUUUGCUAAUAUAACAUGUCCAAAAAUGCAAGCUUCAUCGAAUGAUACAGUUAUAUCUCCUGAUGAAAAUGGAGGCGGGAAUGUUUCAAAAGCAGUAAAACAUGAUAAUAAGAAGAAAAGCAAGAAAUGA